AUGCCUAUCUCGGGUACGCAAUUGGCAUCCCUCCCGGUGACGACGGAAUCCGCGACAGCCUCGGCUGCCAACGUGGGCACAGACGAACUGCCCCUUCGCAAUGCCUGUGACAGUUGCAACGCUGCCAAAGUGAAGUGUUCCAGGGAUAGGCCAUCCUGCCGGCGCUGUCAUAGCCGCAACAUUUCCUGCGUCUAUGGGGUGUCCUUACGGGGGGUCAAACGUGCGGCAUAUAAGCGCCACGAGAAGAACUCCCUACGCACCCCGUCUCUCCAGGAGCCGUUUUCCCCCUCAACGACUCCCCGCUUUCCUGAGGAAUUACUCCAAGAUUGGGACUAUAACUUUCCCAGUGAUUCCUUCCCCAGCAAGGAGAUCGACCUGGAUAACCAAUUUAAUCUUCUCAAUCCUCCGCUGGCCGACUCAUACAACCCGACCAGCGUUGCGGCCAGGGCUACUAACUUACCUACCCCUCCUCAUUCAUCGACCUCCACAUCGCACGCUUCAUUAUUUGGCACCACGUGUUACUGUCAAAGUAUCCUACCGCAAGAACUAGCGAAGCUUGGGGUUCGGCCUCAAUCGGAGACGGUCGCCUUUGACGAGUUCCUCAUCAAGCACAAGGCGACCAUGGCGGUCUGUAUCUCGGUCCUGGAGUGCACUAGUCCCCAUCAUAAACAGGGCAUCCUUGUACUGGUGGAACUCGUCGCCCUAUUAAUCCAUAUUCUUGAAGGGUUUGAUCGGGUAAUAUGUGGGCUCGAUAGCCAGGGAAGACAGUCUCCCACGUCGGUGCGACUUUCUCUCGGGUCGUAUCAGCUGGACCAAGGGGAAGAGCGGGUUUUACAGGCCAAUCUUCUUCGAAUUGAGCUCGCCAAGGUCGGAGUGUUGAUCCAAAGCCUCAAUCAACAAUACAGUCCCACAAUAAAUGGCACUCGGACCGGGGAUAUCUCCCUAAUAUCGCCUUUACUCGCGGAUCUAAAGAAGCAAGCUCGUGCCAAGUUCGAUCGAAUUCGGGGUUGGGAACCGUGUCUCUGA